UGCAUGAGUAAUUGCUGGCGUAGGUCUGGAACUCUCCAUAUAUAGCAGUUCUUAUCAAGUGUGAUUGGAAUACGGCUAUGGCCAGUGCAAGGCACCCUCACAUGUCCAUGAUUUGCACAGAGCCCACCGUAUUUAGUUAUAUACCAUGAUUGCGGGCUAGAAAGCUCCCCCUCAGUCAGCCACAAUGGCUUCAGACCUGCGCCCAGAAUACUCUCUGGAUAGCCUCUCUGCACUCGGCGGUGUAGAGAUAGCAACCUCAGCAUUAAGAGAACGUUCUUUCUCAGAGGCAAAGUUCGGAUCCGAGAUCCGGCAGCUAUGCCAUGCACCAGAGAAUCUCGUCGUGAUCUUUUCCAAUGACUCUGAUCUACUUUCCAAUCUGAACAACUUCCUCGUUCGUCAGUAUCCAGUUGACGGCUCUCCACUGAUGAAGUCAUUGUCGCAUCAAGUACUCGAAGCCCUUGGCAAGUUUUUCUGCGGGGUAUCGCCCCCGCGUGAACUGGAUGGUCAAGAGUUUAAGGACCAUGUCGCAAAGGCGUCGCAGAUUACUCAAGUCUUGCGCGCCCUCGCAGGCAUGAAAUUUGAUAAAUCUACUGAAGAGUUUCCGAAGUCUCAUGGAGCGAGGACUAAGAAAGGGAAAAGGCCAAAAAGGGUGUCCAUUUCUGGUUCUGUGAUGUCAAUAGAAGUCAACGCCGUCGAUUCCGAGGCGUUCAAGGCGCUGGGGCUGGUUACGCCAUCUUCAGAGGUUGAGGCGUCCGACCUUUUGAAGGGCCUCAUGGAUGUUCAUAGAGAGAUACUUUUCGUACGCGUAGCUCAGUCGACCUAGCCAAAGAUGCGUUGCUCAUUACCAGCUAUCAGUACUUCCUUGGUCUACUUGAGCUUGAUAUCGUUCGUGGGCUCGUUUUGCAGAAAGUUUUACGCAUCAUUGCGGCCCCAUCGGACUUUGACCUCCCAAUCCAUAAAGCAGGAGAGGCUAAUGAACUUCUUCCUGCUCUGGAACCCCCUAACACCCAAGUCAAAGUGCAACCUAGGAAGAUUAGGUUCCCGAUGAUUGCACCGGAAAAGGCGAAGCAGGCGUUUGACUGGCCCCCAGGCUUUGUGGAUUGGCCCAUUUAUAUCUCUUC